AUGACUCACUCUCCUCAGCCGACGACUCACUCUCCUCAGCAGGCGACUCACUCACCUCAGCCGAUGACUCACUCUCCUCAGCCGGCGACUCACUCUCCUCAGCCGGCGACUCACUCAGCACGUGACUUACUGUCCUCAGCCAGCGACUCAUUCAGCAGCCAGCGACUCACUCACCAGGUGACUCACUCUCCUCAGCCGGCGACUCACUCUCCUCAGCCGGCGACUCACUCAGCAGGUGACUUACUGUCCUCAGCCAGCGACUCACUCUCCUCAGCAGGUGACUCACUCUCCUCAGCCGGCGACUCACUCUCCUCAGCCGGCGACUCACUCAGCCGGCGACUCACUCUGCAGGUGACUCACUCUCCUCAGCCGGCGACUCACUCUCCUCAGCUGGCGACUCACUCUCCUCAGCCGGCGACUCACUCUCCUCAGCCGGCGACUCACUCAGCAGGUGACUCUCCUGAGCCGGCAACUCACUCUCCUCAGCAGGCGACUCACUCUCCUCAGCCGGCGACUCACUCUCCUCAGCUGGCGACUCACUCCCCUCAGCCGGCGACUCACUCUGCAGGUUUGUUUAGAGCUGAAACAAAUGAAAUUCAUUCAGUGUCAGUGACGGAGGGAGAUUCUGUCACUAUAAACACUGAUGUUACUGAGAUACAUGAAAACGACGACAUACAGUGGAAUUUUGGAAACUCUCUCAUAGCUGAAAUGAACAGAAAGGUUGUCAUCUUCAACACAUUUGAGGUUCCUGACGGGAGAUUCAGAGACAGACUGAAGCUGGACAAUCAAACUGGAUCUCUGACCAUCACAGACAUCUCUACUGAACACACUGGAGUUUAUGAACUAGAGAUAAGUGGAAUGAAACUAACAUCAAAAAUAUUCAAUGUUUUCAUUUAUGCUCGUCUGUCUGUUCCUGUCAUCAGCAGUAACUCUUCACAAUGCUCUUCAUCAUCCUCAUCCUCGCAGCAGAAUUGUUCAUUGGUGUGUUCAGUGGUGAAUGUGGGUCAUGUGACUCUCUCCUGGUACAAAGGAAACAGUUUAUUGUCCAGCAUCAGUGUGUCUGAUCUCAGCAUCAGUCUCUCUCUACCUCUGGAGGUGGAAUAUCAGGAUAAAAACAGCUACAGCUGUGUGCUCAACAAUCCCAUCAGCAACCAGACUCAACAUCUGGACAUCACUCAGCUCUGUCACACAUGUGCAGUCCACCUCCACUGCUGUGGUUCUACUGAAGCUGUGAUCCGAUUGGUCCUCUCUGUUCUGGUGGGCGUGGCUACUGCCAUUCUUCUGGUUUAUGACAUCAGUUCCACAGAAGACAAGAAACAGAUAUCAUACAUAUAA